ACGUCAUUGCCUGGUUGAGUUCAUUGUUUUUGCUUGGGAACCUCGACUGUCACGUUCGUCGUUACAGUAAGUAGACCAUGAGUCUGCCGGCAGCUCCACCCAGCUAUGCUGAAGCUACAGCAGGAGAUAAAGAGCAAGGAUCUGGAAGCUUCACUUACGCUUCUCAGCCGCCCCCAAUGCCACCACCAACCAUGCCCAUGCAUCCCAGCUGGGCUUAUGUGCAUCCCGGCCCUAGUCCGGGAUAUUCUAACGCUUAUGCUGCAGACAUGUCCUCGCCCUUCUCUGAUCCGAGCUCCAGCAGCAGCUUCGACGGCCUCAGCGGAAGCAACUGGGAGGACAAGAAUAUCCGCCGCAUGUUUAUCAGGAAGGUCUUCUGUAUCCUCAUGGUUCAGCUCAUGGUCACGUUUAGUGUGGUGUCGCUCUUCACGUUUUGCGAGCCAGUUCGCAAGUUUGUACAGUACAAUCGGGUUUUCUAUCUGACCUCAUACAUGACUUUCAUGGGCACAUACCUGAUGCUUGUAUGCAGCACAAAUGCAAGGCGAAGAUAUCCUACCAAUAUGAUUCUUCUAGCCAUUUUUAUACCCUGGUUGCACACUGCAUAUGCUGGAUUUGGUGCGCUGGUUUUCACUCUGUUUUUGGCAUUUGACAUGCAGCUGCUGAUCGGCAACAGGCGGUACUCGCUGAACCCAGAGGAGCACGUGUUUGGAGCCAUCUGCCUGUACAUGGAUGUGGUCUACAUAUUCCUGUUUUUCCUUCAGCUCUUCGGGAGCCGUGAGUGAGAGAGACGUUGACAUGUCCGACCUCAAGCUUUUGUCCUCUGUUACACGCAUAUACACACAAACACACACCGUUCUCAGUUACUCCAAGGUUUGUUGGGGAGUAAACAGUCUUCCUUCAUUCUGUGUGGCAGUGGAAGUUUGAUGUGUGCUGUUGUUUUCCUUCUGCUCAUGGUUCAGGCAGCUCUUUGCACACCUCGCUGCAAGAUAACCAUACAAAAAAAAUCUGAUACACACACAUAUGCUGUUCAGGGUAGACAAUCACUGCACAUUAGACCUGCACGAGUCAUCGUUAAAAGAUUGCAGUCUUCAUUUAUGUGGCGUCUUAUUCCUAAAUGAAGAAAUUCGGCUGUUUCUGUUAAACCUUUGACAAGUACGAUCACAGCAAACUUUCAGAUUGGCGUUCACAUAGACAUAGUGACAGUAGUUGAUACGUAGUGUCAACUACACAAAGAAAACUUCAGUAUUUUUGUAUUACAAAAGUUAAAUUGUAAAUACAGAUUAAAUGAAUAAGUUGUGAGGUGCAUGAAUUUGACCAAUAUAUGUGUCAACAAUAGUGGCUCAAUUCCCAGAUUUAUUCGGAUAGCUUUCACAUCUAAAGUGAAACCUACAGAAGUUUGCAUAAAGGUUUUUUUUAAAUUCCCAGGUUCUGCUGGUUGCAUUUCCCGAAUUUUCAUUUCCAAUCUUAAGCCAAUUGUAAUCGUUUGUUUUGGUUUAAUUAGGAAUUUCCCCAGCCAAUGCAGAGCCCGGGGGAUCAGAGUGAGAGCGCUCCAGCUUAGCCCCACCCUGAUCUCAGAUAAAGGUUUUAUCUGGACUCAGUUUGAGUUCAGAAAGCAGUAUUCUUAUUAUCUAAACAGGCUAAACUUAUAGACUUGUUUUUAAAAGUAGUGUUUCUCAACCACGUUCAUGAAAGGACUACCAACACUGCAUGUUUUGGAUGUUUCCUUUGACUACCACUCCAGUUAUUUACAGUUAUUUCCACAUCUGCUAAUGAGCUGAUGAACUGAAUCAGGUGUGUUCGGUUAAAAGGAAGACAUGGAAAAUGUGCAGAGCUGGUGGUCCUCCAGGAAAGUGGUUAAGAAAUAGUAUUUUAAAAAUGACUUUACAUUUCAAUUUAUCGAUUGCAUGGUUUCACCACUUGGUGGAGACAAGUAGUUUAAAAAGUAUUUCAUUCAAAGUAAGUCAUUCAGGGUGCUUUCACACUGGGUUGGAUAAGAUUAAUUGGUUCUCUUUGCAUUAAUUUCCUUCUGAUCCCAAAAUUAGUAAAAAAGAGUGGAUGAACUUGAUGAACUGCAUUACUUAGGCUACGUCCACACGGCAACAAUCAUGUUUUUGCUUAGCCAGUCUAAAAGUUUUGCUUCCAAACAUGUAUGAAAUGUCUGCUUCCACAUUGAAAUUGGACAAUUGGUUUAAAAUGAUGUAGAACGUAUGUCACACCUAUAUGUGGUGCUGUGAACAAACAGACAGAGCUGUAGGAUACACUAAAAUCAAAGAAAGAAUGCAGUGAUAUGCAUCUGAUAUGUGUUACUGUUAAUGCGUCUUUGCUGGUUGUCUGAUUCAGCAUUAGCAGGUUUUGAUGUAAUAGUGCUAAUAAAGAUAGCAGCACCUGCAGCAUAAACACAGCUCCAUAAUCCACCAUUGUUGUUGUUACAUGCAAUGUAUUCACUUCUUUUGGUUAUGUGGUACGAUGACGUCAUCAUUUCUAAAAAGUUGCAGCGUUUUCGAUUUUCCGACUUUGUAAGCCGGUAUCCAAAAGGUUUGUUUCAGGGCACUGACAAUGCCCAAACCGUAUUAAACUUUCGUGCACUGACAUAAAUCUGUAGCCGUGUGAAUGUUGCUCUAAGAACUUGGUCCUUCAUUUUACCACAGAUUUGUUUACAAACAAGGCAUAAUUUGAUGCCAGAUUUUCAGAAAGAUUGAAGCUUAAAGAAGAUUCAGUUGGAUCUGACAGUAUUGUCACACCACAUAUGUGUGAAUUACUGCUUUUAUUAUGUGGUCACUAUUGCUUUGUCUGUCAUUACAGAUCAUUUGAUGUGUAUUUAUUUAUGAAUAUUCAUACUUAUGUAUUUAUGUGUGUUUAGCCUAAAUCAGUGCAACAUCCAUCUAUGAAGUAUAUAGACUGUCAAAGACACAUGCAGAAGUUCACAUUGGUGGAGGUGUGCUUUUAAAUUUCGAAUACUAAUCUUAAAGACAUUAAAAAGUUUUUAAAAUGUCAGCUAAUCAAAGCAGCGUGUUAAUUAUUAGUAUACAAUCGGUCACGUCUAUUCAAAUGAUAUGUUCCAAUCAGGGGAGACAAAACAAUACAGAAAAUUCCCUAUUCUAAAUGUAAAAAUCUUUAAUAACUUAGUAACUGCACUUCAGAGAACAGUCCAAAAUAAAUAAGACCCCUAGAUAGAAAGCACAGGAGAAAGCAGUGACAUGAUUGGAGACUGAUGUUUUCUUGCCUCAAAUAAAAAUUUGGGUGUUUGAAAAUUUAAUUUCAAAGUGUCAACACAGAUUGUCACAAGUCUGUUUGUCACAUAUGUAAACAAAGGCUUAAAAGAAAGAGAAAAGCCAAAUUCUUUUCAACAUGAGUCUCUGCUUGCAACCCACCAGUCACACUUGUCAGGAAAGAGAGCGAGUGAAUGCAUGAAUUUGACCAAAUACACAAGUUUGGCUAAUUUAUCCGUCAACAAUAGUGGCUCAUUUCCCAGAUUUAUUACGAUUGCUUUCACAUCUGAAAUGAAAUGUUCCGGAGUUCACUUGAUUGUUUUUAUCUGGACUCAGGUACAGUUUGAGAUCCUUGAAUCAGUGUUCUUAUUAUCUAAACAAGCUAAACUCUGACGUUAAAUAAACACAGGUAUACACCAACUGUGUGUGAAAGCCCCCUGAAUCAUUCAUUCAAGCGAUUCAUUCAAAAGUCUGAUUCAUUCAGUAGUGAAAAAGUGUCUUCAUGAGUGAGUCAUUGAAUCAUUCAUUCAAGGUAUUCUUUGACAUUUCAUGAGAGUUUCUUGUAACUUUUAAUUUGUUUAGCUGUCUAUUCAGCAUCAUGGGAGUAAAAUAGACGAUAGCGAUAAUUUAAAGCUAUAUUGAACAUUUGAAUAUCGAUCCAACGAACAUUUUUUUGUGUUUUCACUUCAAGUGAUAAAAUAUCCUGGAUCAUCUGCAUAAAACGAUGAUCAGAAUUGCAGCAUAUGAUAAUCAAAUGAUUGUGUGAUUAACUGAGGAAUAUAGUGACAGUACUUGUCAAUGGUUAUGAUCCCUUUAUUUGCACGUUGUUUAUCUGGACUCAGGUACAGUUUGAGAUCCUUGAAUCAGUGUUCUUAUUAUCUAAACAAGCUAAACUCUGACGUUAAAUAAACACAGGUCUACACCAACUGUGUGUGAAAGCCCCCUGAAUCAUUCAUUCAAGCGAUUCAUUCAAAAGUCUGAUUCAUUCAGUAGUGAAAAAGUGUCUUCAUGAGUGAGUCAUUGAAUCAUUCA